UCGUUGUGGCGCGUAUAACAACACCCUUGUCUCACUGUCCACUAGCAGGACACAUUCUGGUCCUGGUGUGAUGUGCGCUUCUGAGUGGUCUGUGCGUGUUGCACUUUGUAUUUGAAUUUGAUGUAAUUGGACUGGGUGGCAGAGUUCCAAGCAAAGGAUAUAUAGUUUCGCGGGAAAGGCCCCAACUAUUCUGGCGCGGUUUCUUUUUUUGGAGUGUAUCCUCUAUCACCACCGCUGUAACCGACUGGGACGCACUCCCUCACCGCACAGCCUGGCCAUGUGGUACUUUGUGGCGUGUUGCGUGGUGCUGUUGCUGUUAUGGCUUCAUCUGGACAACUUAAAACCGGCCAAUUUUCCACCCGGCCCCAAAUGGUACCCGAUCGUGGGCAGCGCUCUCGCGAUCAUGAAUGCACGCAACAAAACGGGCAUGCUGUGCAAGGCGGUCGAGCACAUCGCUAAGGACUAUCCCGAGCAUCGCGGGGUGAUUGGGUUCAAGAUAGGCAAAGAUAAGGCCGUGAUGGCGGUCAAUGCCGAGUCGCUCAAGGAGAUGAUGAACAACGAAGACUUUGACGGUCGGCCCACGGGACUGUUCUACGAGACGCGCACCUGGGGCCUUCGGCGUGGGGUUUUGCUCACGGACGAACAGUUCUGGCAGGAACAGCGUCGUUUCAUCGUGCGCCAUCUGAAAGAGUUUGGAUUCGCCCGGAAAGGCAUGACGGAGAUUAUACAGAAUGAAGCCGCCCAGAUACGGAAGGACUUUGAGGAUUUGGUGGCACAGGGAAACGGCACGGCCACGGUACAGAUGCAGGGCGCCUUUUCCGUGUACGUGCUGAACACACUGUGGCUCAUGAUGGCUGGCGUUCGGUACAGCAAGGACAACAGUGAUCUACGGUACUUGCAAUCGUUGCUGCACGAGCUGUUCACAAACAUUGACAUGAUGGGUGCGCUAUUCAGCCAUUUCCCUUACCUGCGGUUCGUGGCCCCACGGCUGUCCGGCUACCAGCAGUUUGUCGAGAUUCAUGAAUGCAUGCAUAAGUUUAUCGGUGCCGAGGUGGAGCGUCAUCAGCAAAACUUCAACCCGGACGAUGAACCGCGCGAUCUGAUGGACGUGUACCUGCGCACGCUGCAGAACAAUAACGCGCCGUCCGACAGCUUCUCGCGCGAGCAGCUGUUGGCCGUCUGUCUGGACAUGUUCAUUGCCGGUUCGGAGACGACCACCAAAACGCUCGACUUUUCCUUCCUGUACAUUGUGCGCAACCCGCAGGUGAUGCGCCGGAUACAGGACGAAAUUGACGAUGUCAUAGGCCGCAAUCGGCUGCCGACGUUAGAGGAUCGCGCUAGCAUGCCGUACUGCGAAGCUACGACGCUCGAAGGACUUCGGUUGUUCAUGUCGAAUACGUUCGGUAUUCCGCAUCGAGCACUCAAGGAUACCACGCUCUGUGGGUACAACAUUCCCAAGGACACUAUGCUCGUUGGCAUGUUCCGUGGAAUGAUGCUGGACGAGAACCUGUGGGAAAAGCCGACCGAAUUCAACCCUGCACGUUUCCUGAAGGAUGGAAAGAUACACAUUCCGGCCCAGUACCAUCCGUUCGGGGUCGGCAAACACCGAUGCAUGGGCGAGCUGAUGGCGAGAGGCAAUCUGUUUCUCUUUCUGACCACCACGCUGCAGUCGUUCGAUCUCUUGCUGCCCGAAGGAGCCCCCAUUCCGUCGGACAUUCCGGUUGAUGGGGCGACGCCCAGUGUGCGGAAGUAUCAUGUUGCCAUUCGUCCGCGUUAGACGAAUCGCAAAAGACAAAAUAUCGUGUCGAUAUUUUCGAAUCGUUCCAUUCAAAGACCACUAGUUGCGUUACGGCGAGUAUGGCUCAUUCAUUCGACGAAAGCAGGACGAUCAUAAAACUUCGUUUCAUAAAUGGUCAUAUAAAGAUUUGUU